UGAUUCAUAUUAUUCGGUUUGCGGGCGAGUUGAACGUCUUCCAUUAUUGUCAUUCAUCGGAGGAAGUGGGCGGCGAGGGGCGGCGCGGGUGUCGGCGGCAGCCCCCCGCGCGGUUCUCAGUCGCUCGCCGACACUCUCGCCGCCAGCACGCGAGAGCCGCGAUGCACGUCGCCUACGCUUGACGCAUUCAGUCUCGGUCCGCGUGUGUAUACCCUCUCCCGAUCCGACACCAGUGGUGGACCGAGCCCGGAGCCGCGUACAGUGCAGUACCCGCAGCAAGUGCACCGUCGGACUAGCGGUCCGAGCGGAGCGUGUCCAGCCGCUGCGCCGCCGGUGUUCGCCAGCACCAGCACCGACCCGGCUGGCUCGGCCCGCUGCCGGCACGGCCCAGCUGACCGGCGCGUCUACUGCCUGCGAGCGCACGAGUAGCGGCGGUUGUCGUUCAGCCAGCGGCGCGGGCGUGGGCGCAGUGACGGUCGCGAGCGCGGGCGCAGGCGCGGGCGCGGGCGCGUGCGCGGCGCGUAUGGCUAGCGCAGGCGCGCAGUACCGCGGCGGAACGCAGCAGUGGGCCGCGGCGUAUGCGCCGCAGCCCUGCCGCUAUCCGCCGCCGCAGCCCCAGCCGUACGCGGCAGCGCCGAGCCCCUACACGCCACACCAAGCGUUGUAUUUGCAGUACAGUGGUGCGAGUAUGGGAGGCGGCUGCGGCGCGACGGGCACGCGGGUGCCGACGGCGGCGUCGCCUGCCAACACGGCGUCGUCAUCAUCGUCCAACACGGGUUCGGCGGGCGGCACGCGCUCCACCAGCCUGAGCACCGCACCACCGCCCCCCGCCUCCUCAACCUCCACCACCGGAGCCGGCGGCGAACAGCUCAGCCGCACUAACCUAUACAUUCGGGGCCUUAACCAGAACACCACCGAUAAGGACCUUGUCCAAAUGUGCCAGAUGUAUGGCAACAUUAUCUCAACAAAAGCAAUUUUGGAUAAAAAUACGAAUAAAUGUAAAGGUUACGGUUUUGUAGAUUUUGAAACGAUCGCGUCAGCAGAGGCAGCUGUUAAAGGAUUACAAGCGAAAGGUGUUCAGGCCCAGAUGGCUAAAGUGGGUAUCUGGUUCCUGCGUAGACUGAACCGUCAACAAGAACAAGACCCGACAAACCUGUACAUGGCCAACCUGCCGCCGCACUUUAAGGAGAACGAUGUGGACCAACUGCUGGCCAAGUUCGGCCAGGUGGUCUCCACACGGAUCCUGCGCGACACCCACGGGCAGAGCAAAGGCGUUGGCUUUGCGCGGAUGGAGUCUAGGGAGAAAUGCGAGCAGAUUAUUCAAAUGUUUAAUGGCAACGCUAUACCGGGUGCCAAGGAGCCUCUACUAGUAAAGUUCGCUGACGGCGGUAAUAAGAAGAAAGCACUCUAUAACAAACAAAACGACAACAAUGGCCGAGCAUGGCGGGACAACAACGAAUCCAUUACACAGUUGGUGGAAUGCUUCCAGGCGGCCAUGGCUGUGAGCGGCGUUUACACGGGCGGUGUAGGCGGCGCGGGCGCAGGCGGCGAGUGCGCCGGCGUUUACCGCGGCGGCGCCAGCGUGUACGGCGUGGCGGCGUUCCACCACCACCCGCAGCUGCACCACCAUCACGCGGCGCAUCCCACUACCUGGCUGGCGCCGUACGCCACGCUCAUCCCGCCCGCGCAUCCUGCGCACCACGCCGCGCACCCUGCGCAUCCCACGCACAUACCCAUCGACACCGUGCCUAGCCAAUACGUAAACUGGGACAGCUUAAGGCCGGAAAAUGAGUUAUACUACUUCGCGUCGCACCCGUACCAGUACUUCGCGGGCCCCACUCCGCCGAUCAUCCAGAUGCCGAUGGAGAGCGAGCACGCGUCGACGGCGGCGUCGCCCGACGAGGCCUACCAGCCGUACCCGCCUCCCAAGUAGACCGUAAGCCACGCGACAACAUUAUAUGCUGUACACGAGCCAAAAAUCAAAGCAACUGUGAAAUCUUACAAUGUUAAUUUGUUUUAGUUUUAAUUUGCGGCCGUUAUAGACUUCAUCGAAAGCUCCGCUCGCGCGACUCUCGUCGCCGCCGCCUUCUGACUAGUUCUAAGCUGAUUAUACUUUGUGAUUAUACGUUGACUGUUUGUUUUGUUGACGGGCUUCGCUCCGGCCGAUUGUCGACACUGCUGGUCGUUCGAUUCGCUGUGAUGUUUUGAUGAGGUCUUCUGACGGUUCGACGAGAGGAUUUGAUGUAUAGAAAAUGGGUGCAAUUUUAAAUGUGUUUUUACAUUAUAAUUUUAUUAUUGUUUUAUGAAGAAAUAAAUUUAAGAUUCUAGGCACAGGUAUUGAACAUGUUGAAAAGAUUAUUUAAGAUAGUUAGGUAUUUAUUUUAGCAUAGUGUAAUCCACGAUUAAACUAUAAUUUUGAAAAUGUCCUCGAAGCAGGGAAUAUUGGGAAAUUUUAUUUUCAAUUCAGUGUCAUAUGUAAAACGCUAAGAUUACUGAUUUAUGAAAAGUAGUUUCUACGAUUUUAUUACAAUAAAACCGUGCAAUCCGCAUUCAUUAUUUUAUAUAAAUUAUUUUAAAAAAUUACCAUUGAUGUAUGUUUUUAUUAAUUUUAAUAUUUUAUUAUUUUAAAUCAAUCAGGCAUAGGAAGAGAGCAAUACCUAAGUGGGGUUGGAUAGGAAUGUUAAGUGGUUAAUGGUCAUAUCAUGUGGAAUCAAAAAAUCAAAACUAUAUACUAACAAAUUUAUAAAAAUGAAACGAUUUUAUGUGUGUAAUGGUUAGUAGAGGUGGUUGCACCGAUUAAAUCUUGUACGAUAAUAAAUUUCAGAAGAUUUUGAAUCUUCCAUGGAUAAUACGUAUUUUUAAAAUACAGUGAAGGAUAAACGCUUGUUAUUUCAUAUUGUAGUAGAAAAAAAACAUAAAUUCAGGCAGCUUUACGAGGCAAACGUACAAUACGCUGGGGAUUUACUACAGUUGAUGUUCGGGCGUAGAUACCUCUGCGUCACUGCGUGGCACUCACGGAGAUAUCCUAAUGUAGGUACAUGUUCAAAAUAUGUUUAUCAAUGGUGCUUUAUACCAUAAUAUGUAAACACGCUUUGCAGUAUUAUCAACGAUUAAUGUAUAUUGUACAGGCGCAGUCUUCCACGAGAACGCAAAUUAUUUUCGUAUCAUUGUGAAUAUUUACGACAACGGCACCUCCGAUAUCCUAUAAUAAAUCACUAUCUUCCAAACACUUCGAUGUAACUAACAUUAUAUCCGUCUGUUACUGGAAACAGAGUAUUCUUAAAUUUAUUUCACGACGGUCAAAGACAAAUAUUUCGUUCAUCUAAUAGUAGGUAAGCAUGUUUUAGCUUUCGUUUGUAGUGCGUACGUACUGAAAGUAUAGCAAACAUGUUCACGUCUCAAUAACAAUAACUUCGUUGCCAAACCCAAAAUACAGACUGAAUUUAUGUAUACCUAUUGUUAACUUCCAUAUAGUUGUUAUCCGAGUUUCGUUUCACGAAGGAAUGAUAACUUGCACUGGCUGUUGGUCGGAUCGUAGCAGUGACGUAUCGUGUGAUAUCGCGUAAUACCUGGCGCUCGCACUCGCGACCCACCGGUCGCGGGGCCUCAAAUCGUUUGCGCUUAUGGCACGACAGUGCUGAUAAUACGGCAACCUUUAGCAAUAAGCAGUUGUUUGUAAAGUCUAUUUAUAUCUACAUUUUACGAGUCUAUACAAAUUUUUGUACGUUGAAAACUCAUGUUUGAAUACGUGAUUAAUGAAGUGAUCCUUUUUUGAGAAUCAUGUACUGAAUCAACUGUAGUUGUUAUUAUGUAGGCGGUCGGCACAUUCCACUAGAAAACUUCAAACAAAAAUUCCACGAUUGAUUUCCACAUUAUGAAAUGUAAAGGAUUUGAAAUCCAAGGUGUGAGCACCGUUUUGGUGUAAAUGAACACUUUUUGUACCAUCACGUAGGUUUUGGGUACACUUUAUGACUUUAUAUGAAAUUUGAUAUUUUUAUAUUGAAUAUAUAUAAAUUAUACAUGGAUAUGUAUACAUGUAUAUACAUUGUUGAUGGGUACGAGUAAAAGCCUACUAUAUCGCAACUGUUUAAUUCUAUUUUGGCACGUCAAGAGUUUCAUCAGAACCAAAGUAUACAAAUCAUUAAAAUCGAGUAAGAAGUAGGAAGAUAUUUAUACAACUCAGGGACUGAAGACUAGUUAAAUGUUUGAUAUAUAACUGUAUUUUAACUGACGAUUAAGCGGUAACCUCUUUAUUCAAAACCUGUGUACCAAGUACCAAGUAAGGAACAAUAUCUACACAAGUCAGGAACUGACGCUAGCUGACGACAGGUUUUGAAUGAACAAAACGUAGAUUUUGAACGGAUAUGUAGAUCUGUAUUACAUUUGUUUCAUUCAUUUGUUUUAUUCAUAAUAAGGCUGAAUUUUUCACUAUUUUCCGUAAAUGAAUUACUUUUGGAAUGUACAUAAAUUAGCUGGUGAUAUUUUCACACGUAUGUAACAUACUGCUAAAGAAUUUCACAUAGAGGCACAAUAUCCAGUACUUAAUAUGGACGGAGAAUUCGCAAGCACGUAGCCCCGAAUAGUUGUUACUUAGCUGACUGCCUGACUGUACCUACUGUGCGAUCGCAAUGAGUUUGCUAACAAUAUCAGCUCUUGAUACUAAACGCUCACGUCACAAGGCUAAGAAAAAGUGAGAUUUUUAUUAGUAUAACGUUUGAGUAAAACUUACUGAACCAUAAUACUCCAUAGAUCAGUAUUAUACUUGUAUAAUUUCUGGUCAUGCCAAAUUUAUUGAACUGACUAAGAAACCGCCUUUAAUUCUUGUGAAAAUUUGAUAACCGUGAAGUGCAAUGCAGUACCGAGUGACGAGUGGCGCUUGGUACUUAGUUAAGUAAAUGAACGUGUAGAGUUCCACGCACAUUGUGGCUUCCUGUAAAUGCAGUCUUCCGAUAGAUAUUUCCGCUAAUUGUUGCAUUUAAAAUUGAUGUCAGUGUAUUACGGUUUGUUCUGUUCAGAAGUGCACCGAUCAUCCAUGUACAGACGAUUUUAAUGUCCCGCACCACAUCCUUACCGUUUUUUGUUCGACACAGCACAUUUCAUUCCACAAUGCAAAUCGAUUCUCCUUGAAUGUAUGAUAAAGAUAUUAGAAUAGAAUUACAAAUACACCAAUUCAUUUUAAGUGACGUAGAUACAUAGCGUGGCACGGUUCUGUAGAAUAGUACCGUCAAAGAGGAAACUAUUUUAGCACUAAAUUAUUUUUCUAAUGCUUUCCUUCCAUUUUAAGCAAUAAUACAUUAAUUUGAUGGUAGUGCCUUCAGCUUCCUUUUAAAGUAAUAUUCAGAUGUUACAGUAUAGCAGUUGCAUGUGCUUUACACGAUAUUUUUACAGGUAAUAAAGACCUUACCGUAUUCAUAAACGUAGUGAUAAUGUUAAAAAAAUAACUAUGUUUAUAAUAUUUUGUAAUAACAACAGAAACAUGAUAAUGUGGCUGUCUAAUCGUUGCAUUUUUCACACAUGAUGUAAAAAUUUAACGUAAAAUAAAGUCAUAGAUGUUCCUAGUUAACUCGCUUCAAACAUUCUUGACAUGUGUGAUAAAUACUUUACUCGAGAGAUUACGAACGUCAUGUGAUGUACGCGUGUCGCGUAGUGAAGUCUGGCCGCGUCGCAGGCGCAGUGCCGGCCACGGUACCUACGGGCUACCGAGUACUGGAGUACUGCCUGCAAACGGUGCGCGCACGCAUCGGGAACCAAGUCUUGAAAACCAAAACUAUGACUCAACUGAUAAUCAUGUCGAUGAAUAGGAUUGAAGUGUUAAGUAAAUAUUUUUAAAAUUAAGUCCUUUAAGUAUAAAUGAAAGUUCGACCCGUUUUUAAAUGAGAAUAGUGAAGCUAUCGGUACGAAGACGAAUUGAUGGCUAGUUCAUAAUCUAGGCUUAACUCUAGUUAGGAUAGAAUAGCAAAAAAUGUUCGACGCUAAGAUAGAAUAUAACCGUAGAUUAAUAUAUUGCCCGCGGACGGGGCCCGAGCGCGCCUCCUGCCGGCUCUAGGGUAGUUUCCUUUGUUAGUUUAAUAUUUAAUUUGAUGGACUGAAGCCGGCACGCGGCGCACCGCUCCGCGCGCGGCCCUCGUAAGGGAACUCUAACAAAUAGUAAACACAUUCUCGACCUAAGUUUCAGUUGAACAACUUUGCUUUCACCUCUUUUGUUAUGUAGUUGACUAAGUGUAAAGAUGGAAAACUAAGGAAAAAAAAACUGUCGGAAAUGUUGAUAAGAUUGUAAUUGUCCAAUGUGUAUUUAAUAUAGUGUGGUGUUCUACCCAGCAGACUAGUCUAGAGAGUAGAAUAGUUUAGAUAAAACAUUUAGUUAGGUAGUAUAGAAAUACGAAAUGCAAAAAUAAAACUUCAUAAAAUGUAAAAAAAAAGAAAUGAAAUUGUUGGUAAGAAAGAAUAUUUUUAAGGGACAUGUUGCUUCGUUGUGUUAUGAUGUGAGGUUUGGCAUAACUAUGAUAAUAGUGUAAAAGCAUUUCUCGCAGAGAAAAGACAAAGAGAAUGUUAUGUAUCUAUUUUGUUACAAAGUGUUUGCAAGUUUCUAUAUUAUGCUAUGAGCAUUUUAUGUGACCCGCAUUAUUUAUAGUUAUGCUGAAUGGAAACUAAAAUAAUAUAUAAAUAAAUCAAAAUGGUACUAAGAAGCAUGUUUUAUUGUGACGAGUCAUGUUCCUUUGCAUUGAACAUAUUUUGUAAGAGCAAAUGAUUGAAAUAAAACGAGCGAAACCAAAACUAGUACAUUA